AUGAAUAACAACUUUUAUUACGAAGACGGGCAGGGCAAGAUUUUGGAAGAGCAAGGAAACGACGCUGUGGACUGGGAGGAGGAGGUUGAUCCUUAUAAUCUUGGUACUUUGUUGACUUUGUCACAGUGUCGAGCUUUUCAGAGUCGUUUUCCUACAGACGAUAUAGAAGAGCUCGAUUUACAGAUAAAAGAGUUAUCCAAAGAACUAUCGCAGGGUGAAACUAGUGGCAAGAAGUACAAUGUGUAUUCUGAUAACCAGAAGUCAGUGUUUUAUUAUUUUAACAAAAUCAAGCUUUGGAAGGCUGCCCCUUCGGGACGUAAAGCGAACAUUGAGCCACGAACAGCACAGAUCUGGGCCUAG